AUGGGUAACACUAUUUCUAUAUUUGAACAUCCCCUGGUUUUAUGGUUGUGGGGUACUCAACCCCCACCCAGGAAUUCUACUAAAAAAGAAUUCAAAAAACAGCCAAAGAUCCAGCCUUGUACGGACAGGUAAGGGAAUAGCUGCUACAGCUAUCAUAAUAGAUAGGGUUAUUAAAAGAUGGUGGUCAGAGUAAGAUAGAGAUUGGAAUAAAGGAUGGUUUGUUAAUAGGCAUCAUCUCUAUAAAUAACAUAGCUUCCCUGUACAUUUAAUAGUUCCAUCUUGAAAUUAAUGGGAGUAAUAUAAGGGUUAAAAUCCAUAAUAUGUGAAUUGAAUUUUCAUCUGUUAAGAAGAGUACCUAUCAGAUAAGCUAAAAUAAGCAAACCAAUGAAUGUGUGUGGCGUAGUCCAUUUGUAGUGAUAAAAUGUGAAAUAAAAUAAGCAGGCAUGAUAAACAGGGGUGCAAAAAAAAAAAAAAAGAAGUUAAAUAUAUAGGAAUUAAUAAAGGUGUUUUGAGACCCUGAUCAGACAGCACCAUCCUGGGAUGAAAUGCAGGAUGAUAUUAAUUUGAGCAAUCAAAGUUAAUUAGUUAACCACACAAAUAAUAAUAAUGCAUAAUAUAUAAUGGCUUCUUUUACCAUCUCCUAAACACACUCUGUUAUUCCAGAAAUAGAAUUUCAAAUGUAUGAAAUAUUAAAAUUCAUUAAAUCACUUAUUCUUUCCUAAAUAGGCUUAAAGCUGAGCCCCAGACAUUACCCCAGGUAUCACCUAGUCUGGAUGUUUGUCCAGAUCCUGAGAAGGGUAAGAAAUGGGAGCCAUGGAAGCAGAAAGGUGGGCUUGUGGAAGAAACUCGAAAAAUGUACCAACACGGCAGAAAGAGUCUUUGCUUUCCCCCUUCUGUUACAUCUAAAUUUGCAGAGCUUGAUGAAAGGUAAAUACUGUAUUAUCACAUUAAUCAAUGGGGGGAAAUCUUGUGCUUAUUUUCUGUUGUUGAUGUUUUGUUUUAACAAAUUCACAUGUUGACCUCUAUACUGGUGUGAGAAUUAGCCUGACCAUUUUGUUUGUGUUUUUCUUCAAAAGCUUUAGACGUACCUUUGUCAGCUAUGGAAUAGAACAUAAGAUUCCCAAAGUACCAUACUAUAUUCGGGUGACUCCAACAAAAACCAACAAACUGAAGACGUCUGCUCGGCUACCUAGGUAAGUGUAUCAUGAGACACAGAAUGAUUGACCACAAUGCUAUUAGGACAUCCAAAUGAAACUGCAGUGUCCUCAGUAAGCUAAUACCCUGGCUCUCUCACUGGCUGUCUGUGUACACAGAAAACCAAUGAGAGAAGAACCACAGAUAGAGAAAGAUGUCAAUGCUCUUUCCGAACCAUCACAAAUCAGUGGGGAGUACUACGGCAACGUAACUUACUAAGCAUUAGCUAAAUUCCAUAAGGAAUACAUUUCAAAAUAUACAGAAGCUUUUAUGGUACAAAAUAAACUACUGAAAUUGCGGUAACCAGAAUCGAAUAUAUGAAACAUAAAUGAUCUGAUUGUGUCACUUUAAGCUCUCACAAGUCUAGAGGACAUUCUUUGUCAUACGUCUAUGGAGAGGUAAGUGGACAGCGGCUGCAGGUAUCCUAUUAGAUAGGGUUAUUAGAAGAUGUAGGUCAGAGAUGGGUCACAAUAUGACUCAAAUAAUAAUGACUUCUUUUAUAAUAUCCUAAACACACUCAGUUAUUCCAGAAACAAAACAUCCAAUGUGUGAAAUAUGAAACUUCACUAAUCACUUUUUUCUUUCCUAAAUAGGCUACCUCUUAAAGCUGAGCCCCAGAUAUUGCCCCAGGUAUCACCUAAUCUGGAUGUUUGUCUAGAUCCUGAGAAGGGUAAGAAAUGGGAGCCAUCAAAACAGAAAGGUGGGCUUGUGGAAGAAAUUCUAAAAAGUUACCAACAAGGCAUAGAGAGACUUCACUUUCCCCCUUCUGUUACAUCUAAAUUUGCAGAGCUUGAUGAAAGGUAAAUACUGUAUUAUCAAAUUAAUCAAUGGGGGGAAUCUUGUGCAUUUUUCGAUUGUUGAUAUUUUGUUUUAACAAAUUUACAUUUUAACCUCUAUGAUGGGUGAUAUAAGAAUUUUACUGACCAUUUUGUGUUUUUCUUUAAAACCUUUAGACAUACCUAUGUCAGCUUUGGAAAACAGGAUAAGAUUCCUGAAGUACCAUACUCUAUUCGGGUAACUCCAAUAAAAACCAACAAACUAAAGACGUGUGCUCGGCUACCUAGGUAAGUGUAUCAUGAGACACAGAAUAACUGACCAUAAUGCUAUUAGGACAUCCAAAUGAAACUGCAGUGUCCUCAGUAAGCCAAUUCCCUGGUUACCUCACUGGCUGGCUGUGUACACAGAAAACCAAUGAGAGAAAAAAACACAGACAGAGAAAUAUGCCAAUUCUCUUUCUGAACCAACAUCACAAAUCAGUGGGGAGUGCUACAGCAACGUAACUUACUAAGCAUUACCUAAUUUCCAUAAGGAAUACAUUUCAAAAUAAAAAGAAGCUUUUAUGGUACGAAUAAACUACUGAAAUUGUUGUAACCAGAAUUGAAUAUAUGAGACAAAUGAUCUGAUAGUGUCACUAUAAGCUGUCAGAAGUCUAGAGGAUAUUCUUUGUCAUACGUCUACGGCAGGGGUGAGGAACCUUCGGCCCUCCAGAUGUUCUGCACUACAUCUCCAUUGAUGCUUUGCCAGUAUUAUGGUUGUAAGAACAUUAAAGGGGAGAUGGAGUCCAAAACAUCUGGAGGUACAAAGGAUUUCCACCCCUCGUCUGCGGAGAGGUAAGUGGACAGCGUCUGCAGGUAUCAUAUUAGAUGGGGUUAUUAGAAGAUGGAGGUCAGAGUUUAAUAGAGAUUAGAAUAAAGGAUGGUGUGUUCAUGGGCAUUACCUCUAUAAAUAACAUAGCUUUCCUGUAGAUUUAAUAGCUUCAUCAAAUGUGUGAAAUAUGAAAGUACACUAAUCACUUUUUCAUUCUUAAAUAGGCUACCUGUUAAAGCUGAGCCCCAGAUAUUGCCCCAGAUAUCACCUAAUCUGGAUGUUUGUCCAGAUCCUGAUAAGGGCAAGAAAGGGGAGCCAUUGAAACAGAAUGGUGGGUUUGUGGAAGAAAUUCUAAAAAGUUGCCAGCAAGGCACAAAGAGACUUUGCUUUCCCCCUUCUGAUACAUCUAAAUUUGCAGAACUUGAUGAAAGGUAAAUCAUGUAUUAUCACAUUAAUCAAGGGGGGUGGUGGAAGGGGGAGAUUUUGUGCUUUUUUCUAUUGUUGUUUGUUUUAACAAACAGAUUUUAACCUCUUUGCUGAGUGCUGUAAUAAUUAGCCUGACAUUUUUGUUUUCUUUAUGUUUUUCUUAGACAUAAUAACUAUGUCAGAUAUGGAAAAGAGAAGGAGAAGAUUCCCGAAGUACCAUACUAUAUUCGGGUGACUCCAACAAAAACCAACAAACUAAUGACAAAUGCUCGGCCACCUAGGUAAGUGUAUUAUGAAACACAGAAUGGAAGACCCUAUACAUAAACAUAUACAAAUAAAACUGCAGUGUCCUCAGUACAUCAAUACCCGGGUUCUCUCACUGGCUGUCUGUGUACAAAGAAAACCAAUGAGAGAAGAACCACAGAGCAAGUUGUCAAUGCUGUAUCUGAACCAACAUCACAAAUCAGUGGGGAGUUCUACGGCAACAUGACUUACCAGGCAUUACCUAAUUUCCAUAAGAUAUGCAUUUUUAAAUAAACAGAAGCUUUUAUAGUACGAAUAAACUACUGAAAUUUCUGUAACCAGAAUCAAAUAUAUGAGACAAAUGAUCUGUUAGUGUCACUAUAAGCUGUCACAAGUCUAGAGGAUAUUCAUUGUCAUACGUCUACGACAGGGGUGGGGACUACAUCUCCAUUGAUGCUUUGCCAGUAUUAUGGCUGUAAGAGCAUUAUAGGAGAUGCAGUCCAAAACAUCUGGAGAUUAUGAAGGCUCCCCACCACUGGUCUACGGAGAGGUAAGUGGACAGUGGCUGCAGGCAUCAUAUUAGAUAGGGUUAUUAGAAGAUGGAGGUUUGAGUUCGAUAAAAAUUAGAAUAAAGGAUGGUUUGCUCAUGGGCAUCACCUCUAUAAAUAACAUAGCUUUCCUUUAGAUGUAAUAGUUUCAUCUUAAAAUGAAUGGGAGUAAUAUACGGGUUAAAGUACUUAAAAUAUUAAUGAAUUUUAUCUUUUAGUUAUUUUUACAACAGACAAGAUAAAAAAUGAACUAAAAAAUGAAUGUGUGUAGCCUAGCCCAUUUGUAGUGAUUGAAAUUAAAUAAGCAGGCAUGGUAUACUGGGGUGGAAAAAAAUAAAUAAAAUAUAUAGGAAUUAAAAAAGGUAUUUGAGGCCCUAAUCAGACAGCACCAACAGGGAUGAAAUGCAGGAUGAAAUUAGUCCAGACAUUUCAUAGGUUUUACAAAUCAAAUUGAAUUAUUUAACCAUUACAAUACGACCCAAAUAAUAAUAAAGUAUAAUAUAUAAUGGCUUCUUUAAUCAUCUCCUAAACACAGAUAUUCCAAAAAUAUACCAUCCAAUGUGUGAAAUAUGAAACUUCACUAAUCACUUUUUCUUUCCUAAAUAGGCUACCUCUUAAAGCUGAGCCCCAGAUAUUGCCCCAGAUAUCACCUAAUCUGGAUGUUUGUCCAGAUCCUGUAAAGGGUAAGAAAUGGGAGCCAUGGAAACAGAAUGGUGGGUUUGUGGAAGAAAUUCUACACAAUUUCCAACAAGGCACAAAGAGACUUUGCCUUUCCCCUUCUGAUAUAUCUAAAUUUGCAGAGCAUGAUGGAAGGUAAAUACUGUAUUAUCACAUUAAUCAAAAGGGGGGUGGUGAGGAGUGGGGGGUGGGUGGGAGGGGGAUUGUUGAUGUUUGUUUUAACAAAAUGAGAUUUAACCUCUAUGCUGGGUGCUGUAAUAAUUAGCCGGACCUUUGUUUUUUUGUGUGUUUUUCUUCAAAAGCUUUAGACAUAACAUUAAUGUCAGAUAUGGAAAAGAGGAGAAGAUUCCCGAAGUAGCAUGCUAUAUUCGGGUGACUCCAACAAAAACCAACAAACUAAUGACACGUGGUCAGCCACCUAGGUAAGUGUAUUAUGAAACACAGAAUGAUUGACCAUAUAUACAUACAUAUAUACAAAUAAAACUGCAGUGUCCUCAGUAAGCCAAUACCCUGGUUCUCUCACUGGCUGCCUGUGUACACAGAAAACCAAUGAGAGAAGAACCACAGAUAGAGAAACAUGUCACUGCUCUUUCUGAACCAACAUCACAAAUCACUGGGAAGUACUACGGCAAUGUAACUUACUAAGGAUGACCUAAUUUCCAUAAUGAAUGCUUUGUAAAAUAAACAGAAGCUUUUAUGGUACAAAAUAAACUACUGAAAUUGCUGUAACCAGAAUGUUUUAUAUGAAAUAUAAAUGAUCUAAUAGUGUCACUAUAGUUGUGCGAUAACUGAUAAAUACAAAGUGAUAGGUUGGCUGACAGACCAAAGUGAGAGGAUAGCUGAAGAGGAAUAAGAUAAGUGACAAAAUGGGCUGAUGGAUGGAAAGGGAGGAAAGGAUAGAAUUGUUACAAUUGUAUUUUGACUUUUCCUAUUUAAUUGCAGGGACCCAUUCCGUUUUACUAAAGUAAAGCCUACAUUACUUCCAAGACAAAACAUAGCAACUGAAAAGGCUGCAAGUGUCCCAGAAAAGGAAGUAGUCAAAAAAGGACCAGAAAAUGAAAAAGAUUCUGCUGAGUAUUAUAAACAGAAUACUAUUAUACAGCCUGAACCUGUCACAAGUCUAGAAGAUAUUCCUUGUCCUUUGCUGCAGUCUAUGUCUCUAGAGCCUACAGCUGUUGUCACAUGUUUAGAAAACAACAAUUCUCUAGAAUGCCCUGUUUGCACUAUCGAACCUCAUACAAAUAGAUUGACAGAGGAUAUGCCAGUGAACCUUAGUCAUCCACAGUCCACUUUCAAUUCAUCUAACCCUACAAAUCAAGAUUCACAGAACCCAGUCACAGGUUAUUGUCAUUUGCUGCAGUCUAUGUCUCUAGAACCUACAGAGGUUGUCCUGUGUUUAGAAGACAACAAUUCUCUCGAGUGCCCUUUUCGUACUAUCGAACCUCAUACAAGUGAAUUGACAGAUGAGUUGACUGUAAACCUUGAUCAGCCACAGUCCACAUUAAGUUGUCCAUCUGAGCCUACAAAUAUAGAUUCUCAGGACCCAGUCACAGUUGGUCCUUCACUGCAGUCUAUGUCCCUAAAGGCUACAGAGGUUGUCACAUGUUUAGACGACAACAUUUCUCUAGAGUGCCAUGUUUGUGCAAUCGAACCUCAUAUUCUGCCACAGUCCACUUCAGGUUGUCAUCCUGAGCCUUCUAAUCUAGAUUCUCUGGAGACUGUCACAGUUCAGGAACAGAGUAUUCUUCUUGAUGUCCAGGUUUGUCCUGCUAAACCACAAACUAAUGAAAUGUUAGAGGAGCUGCCAGUAAACUCUGCCACUGUGAUUUAUCCCUCUGAGAUGACUUUGGAUUCCCCCACUGUUAAGCAUGAGGAGUUGUUUCUAAUUAAGCAAGAGGGCACCCUUGAGCAGAAGCAAAUUGAGAUAGAGAAUAAUCAGCCUGCAUCAUAUAGGAGCCUGAGCAGUGACCCUAAAAAACAAGGAUUGCCAGAAACAGAAGAAAAAGAACAACCUGGUAAGGCUGAUGUGGUUCCAAAGCCAAUUACAGAAAGCCAAGACCUUGCAGUACCUUCACUCCAAGAUAAGUUGGAUAUCAAAGCAAAGGUAGAAAGGGUAUCCUACGACAGGAAUUUCUUACUCCAGUUCAAAUCGAUCACGGAGGAACCAAAGGACUUUUCUGAAAUCUGUAAAAUCCACCAAGGCAUGGUUAUUAGACCUCACCUUCGGCCAGUGGAUCCAUCACAAUUAACUCGCAGAAAUUGGACACCUCAAUCUGCAAAUUCCUGCUACCCUUCUAAGGGUAAUCGCAGAUUGCCACCGGGAAUCCAUCAAAUGAGGUCUCCGCAAGCUCCUGUUAAAGAACGUCGACGAAUCCUUGAACUAAAUGAGAAUGUGAAACUGCAAAAAUGUGAAAAAGCUUGGAGACCUCCCAUGAAAAGGGCAACCGAAGAUCCCAGUAGAGUCAAGGCUGAAGAACUGUUUCGGAAAGUUCGCGGUAUCCUGAAUAAGAUAACUCCUCAGACAUUCGAGCACUUAAUUCACCAGGUAAAGGACCUCUCUGUAGACACAGAGCAUCAGCUUAAAGGAGUCGCAGAACUCAUAUUUGAAAAAGCAGUAGCAGAGCCUCAUUUUGCAGUUAUAUAUGCAAACAUGUGUAACUGGCUAAUGAGGCUUGAGGUCCCAACUGAAGAAAAUUGUGAAGUGUGCAUUACAUUCCGCAGGCUGCUGAUAAGGCUCUGCCAGGUGGAGUUUGAGACACGUGAAAAAGGUGGUGAAAGAAUUGAAGAACUUCAGAAGGAACUGGACGCAACUAUAUCACCUAAUGAAAAGGCUCGAAUAAAGGAAGAAUUGAGUGAUGCCUGUAAAAGAGCACGCAGGCGAUCCCUUGGAAACAUCAAAUUUAUUGGAGAGCUAUUUAAAUUAAAGUUGCUCUCAGAAGCCACCAUAAAAGACUGCCUUAUUAAGCUACUAAAUAAGAACACCGAGGAGUCCAUGGAGUGCAUCUGCCAGUUGUUGACAUCAGUUGGAAAACACCUUGAAAAUGGACAGCCUGGCAUGGACAAUUAUUUCCACAAGCUUAAUAUCUUUAUUAAAAACAAGACCUCUUCUAGGAUUAGAUUUUUGGUGCAGGAUGUGCUGGACCUGAGGAAAAAUAACUGGGUACCGCGACACAAACCUGAGGGGCCAAAAACAAUUGACCAAAUUCAUAAAGAGUCAGAACAGGAAUCCAAAAAAAAAGUGCAGUAA